AGAGAGAGAGAUGAUUUUCAUUGUCUUUUCAUGAUUCAAAUGUAGAUGUUUUUCUUACCAAAAGAUACAAUCCACAGAAAAACCAUUGAAAGCAACCAUCCUGUGCCUAUCUGUGUGAGAAUUUUACAACUACAGUUGUUUCAAACUCCUCGUCUCUGUUGUUUCUCUUCACCGAAUUCAAAUAUCUAAGAACUGCUAUCCAUUAUACAAAUAAAUUGAACCCAGUAAACGUGUUGUAUCUAAGGUUAACUGGAUCGUGGGUUGCUCAGGUACAUGGUACAAGAAUGGGUACAUGUUACACUACUUCCUCCAAUACCUGGCACACUAGGGGUAGGGUCAUGUUUCUCACUCCAGGUCAUAUAUCAAGCAUAUGAAGUAUUGUUUUAUAUAGGAAUUGAUAUAUGGAAUAAAAAAUGUUAUUAUUGUCAAUCCCACAUGCAUAGUAUAAUAUGCAUGCUAUUGCAGAAAUCAAACCAUAAAUCUCUAUGCUCUAAAUAUAAAUUUACAUUACAACUUAAUCAAUACUAAGAAGUAUAGAACAAAAGUUUUGGGGCGUAAAAAUAGUGAUCUGGUUUUUAAAUGACCCAUACGUGAAUCACAUUAUUUGGAAUGAAAAAAGGUAGGGUUUUAGCAAUUUAGGUAACAUUAGUUUGGUCCCCUCUAUAAAUAGUUUUCUCCUUUGUAAUAAUUAGAACAAGUAAAAGAAAAACCUUGGGAUGGAUGUUUUAAAAAAUUUGUAUGGUGGCGCUAAAUGACCAUAAAAAUAAAUGCACUCUGGUAAUAAUAUCUGGGCGUGUAACCUUUUCACAUUUAAAUCCAUCGGUUUCUCCACACCAAACUGGGCUGGUUGGCUUGUCUGCUCUUUUUUUAUAUAUAUAAUUACUUCAAAGAUUAUCCCAUAUAUAAGAGGCUUUUAACAUAUCCUAAGCUUCCGUCAGGAUUCCAGUGAGACCAUCUGAACUCAGCUUUCUUGAAAUACCUAUGAGGGUUGAGCACAUGGUGCUCUGCAUCUGAGUGUCAAAGUCAUGGGUUCAAUCCCAUCUUGCCGAUAAAAGAGAAAAAAAACCAAACAAACAAACAAAGAAAAGCUACUAAUAAAAGGUAAUUAGCAUCAUUUCCAUUUAAAAAUGUUCUAGAUUAAGUCUACAUUUGGGUGCACUAGUGAAUUGAAUUGCAAACAUCGAGUUUAAUCAAGAGAAGAUGAUAAAAGUAAAUGAUGCUCCCUGGUCUUCAUAGCAAGGAAAUAGCCCCAAAAUUGCAGUUGUGUUUGUUUCAAGUCAAACUUCAAAGUAAUGUCAUUGCAAUUUGGAUCCUAGUCUCUUUAUAUGAAUGCUAAGGAAGGAAAUUGAAAUAUGUUCUUUCUACUUUAUUAGACUAGUAACCAUCAAUUCAAUCCGGAAUCAAAUGCACCCUGAGAGAUGAAGACAAAACGGGUUUUUGUUAUCAUGCAUUGAGGUUACGCUAUUGUGGUGGUUUGAUUAUCUUGAUUCUGUCAUUCCCAUAGCCAUGCUUGUCGUCUGGACCGGUUGGUUUUCUCCGGUGAUCGGGGAGGCUGAUUUUCAGACAUUGAAUGGACCACUUCCAACAUCAAGAUGGCAUAUGCAGCACAACUCUCAAAGGAAGAACUUUUCUUUUGUAUUGAAAGGAGGCUGGAGAGUUGGACUUGAUUCAGAAGGUUGAGCAAUUUGUUCCAGAUGGCAUUUUCUAAAGUAAUUCGGAGCUGGACCUCAAAAAAGUUCGUUUCUGGAUGUGUCAUUCUGUUUCCUCUAGCCGUAACAUUUUACAUCACCUGGUGGUUCAUUUGUUUUGUGGACGGCUUCUUUUCCCCAAUCUAUGCUCAUCUUGGGAUCAAUGUAUUUGGUCUAGGAUUCCUCACUUCAAUUACCUUCAUCUUCUUGGUGGGUGUGUUCAUGUCGUCGUGGUUGGGAGCUUCUGUUCUUGGUCUCGGAGAAUUGUUUAUUAAGAAAAUGCCACUCAUAUGUCAUAUCUAUGCUGCCUUUAAGCAAAUUAGCGCCGCAAUAUCACCAGAUGAGACUUCUCAAGCCUUCAAGGAAGUGGCCAUAAUAAGGCAUCCACGCAUCGGUGAAUAUGCAUUCGGCUUCAUCACAUCUAAUGUAAUCAUUCAGAGGAAUGCCAGUGAAGAGGAGCUUUGCUGUGUUUAUAUACCCACCAACCACCUCUACAUCGGAGACAUCUUUCUCAUCAAUCCAAAGGAUAUUAUCAGGCCAAACUUGUCUGUUCGAGAAGGGCUUGAAAUAGUUAUUUCGGGGGGCAUGUCAGUACCCCAAAUCUUGUCUACGGUGGACGUACGGUCAGUUUUAGGAGACCGUGGAAGAGUUGUUAAGAGUCCAAAAUUCCCUGGUGCAAUAGACUAAUUCCACGUGUAAGAAAUGUAUGCCUUUUAUUAUUUGUAAUUGAAGGCCAUCGAAUCUCGUCAUUUGGGGUAAUGACCAGACUAGUGCCCAUGGUAGGGUAGCUACUGAGAUUUUGCAUUUUUAAUUUAAUUGUCUUACUCUAACCUAUAUGGAAGAAAACAGGAAAAAGAAGUGGAGUUGGGACCCCAGUCUUAUGAUCAGUGAGCAAUUCAAUGGCAGCAUAUUCAUCUCUCUAAUUUCUUGACCACAUGUUCAUGAUUCUUGAGAGAGAGAGAGAGAGAGAGAGAGAGAGAGAGAGAGAGAGAUUCUAUGAAGUUAUUGGUGAAUGUAAUUUUCAUAUUCAUGAUCAAUGUUACCUAAAACACUAAACCCCCCACGAUUUCCGUUCCAGAUCAUGUCAUU